AGCAUCAGUGAACGCAUCACCGUUGCAGGCUCGGUCCCGGUUUCAUUCUCCUCGGUCCCGGUUAAAGGAAACCCCGCCGCCAGAACCGCCCAAUCUGCCGCGUGUCUCCGCUGUUCCGGUGUAGCUGACCGUCCGCGCGAGCCGAGGCCGCUCCGGUCCGUCCGCGCGACCGCGAGCCGCAUGCUAACGUCUCCGGUGCUGCUCUUAGCUAGCUGCUGCGACCAGGGAGCGAGCCCGCGCACAUGUGCGUGCUCGCGAGAGACACCCAGUCUAUAAAACCCGCGUGUCCCUCCGUCACGGACUCGUUCUCACCUCCGGACGCCGUUGGGAGGCAGCUGUAAGGAAGAGGAGCGUCGUCAGCCGUCAUGGUGAACCAGCGACUGGAGGGGGGCUGGCAGACCUGCCGGAGCGACUCCAGCGGGGGCAGCAACAGCAGCGGGGAGAGCUCCAAGGACAGCUCCCGGUGCUCCACGCCGCUGCCGGACGGGGACCGCACGGACCGGCUACGGGACAAGAUGCGGAGGAGGACCGAGUCCGGAGACCGCUGGUUCUCGCUGGAGUUCUUCCCCCCGCGCACCGGCAGCGGGGCAGUCAACCUGAUCUCACGAUUCGACCGUAUGGGCGCCGGAGGACCGCUGUUCAUCGACGUCACCUGGCAUCCAGCAGGAGACCCCGGCUCGGAUAAGGAGACCUCCUCCAUGAUGAUCGCCAGCACUGCGGUCAACUACUGUGGCCUGGAGAGCGUCCUGCACCUGACCUGCUGCAACCAAACCCGAGAGAAGAUCACGGGCUACCUGGCCAAAGCCAAACACCUGGGUUUGAAGAACAUCAUGGCCCUGAGAGGAGAUCCAAUAGGAACAGACUGGGAGGAGGAGGAGGAGGGCUUCAACUUUGCUGUUGACCUGGUGAAGCACAUCCGCUCAGAGUUUGACGACUACUUUGACAUCUGUGUUGCAGGUUACCCCACAGGUCACCCCGAGGCUGAGAGCUACGAGGACGACCUCCGGCACCUGAAAGAGAAAGUGGAUGCAGGAGCCGACUUCAUCAUCACGCAGCUGUUCUUCAGGGCCGACACGUUCCUCAAGUUCCUGGACGACUGCAGAGCCAUCGGCAUAACGUGUCCCAUCUUACCUGGAAUCUUUCCCAUCCAGGGUUACCAGUCUUUACGUCAGCUGGUCAAGCUGUCCAAGCUGGAGGUGCCGGAGGACAUCACCAAAGUCAUCGAACCCAUCAAGGACAACGACGCUGCCAUCCGUAACUAUGGAAUCCACCUGGCGGUGGAGAUGUGCAGCGUCCUGCUGGAGUCCGGGAACGUCCCGGGUCUCCACUUCUACACGCUGAAUCGGGAGGUGGCCACCAUGGAGGUGCUGCGGCAGCUGGGCCUGUGGCUGGAAGAUCCGCGGCGGCCCCUCCCCUGGGCAGUGAGCGCCAACCCCAAACGGAAGGUGGAGGACGUCCGGCCCAUCUUCUGGGCCUCCAGGCCCAAGAGCUACAUCUACAGAACCCAGGAGUGGGACGAGUUCCCCAACGGCAGAUGGGGAAACUCCAGCUCUCCGGCGUUCGGUGAACUGAACGACUAUUACCUGUUCUACUUAAAGAGCAAGUCCUCUAAAGAGGCUCUCCUUCAGAUGUGGGGCGAGGAACUGAAGAAUGAGCAAAGCGUCUUUGAGGUCUUCACCAGCUACAUCACGGCUCAGCCCAACCAGAGCGGACACAAGGUGAUGUGCUUACCGUGGAACGAUGACCCUCUGGCUCCAGAGACGAACCUCCUGAAGGAUCAGCUGGAGAAGGUGAACAGACGAGGCGUCCUGACCAUCAACUCCCAACCCAACAUCAACGGCAAACCCUCCACAGAUCCCGUCGUGGGCUGGGGGCCUGCAGGGGGCUACGUCUUCCAGAAGGCGUACCUGGAGUUUUUCACCUCCAGUGAGAAUGUGGCGGCUCUCCUGAAAGUGCUGAAGAAAUACGAGCCGCGGGUGAACUACCACAUAGUCAACGUGCACGACCAGAACCUGAAUAACGCCGCCGACAUGCGGCCCAACGCCGUGACGUGGGGCAUCUUCCCCGGCAGGGAGAUCGUCCAGCCCACGGUGGUGGACCCGGUGAGCUUCAUGUUCUGGAAGGACGAGGCCUUCGCCCUGUGGAUCGAGCAGUGGGCCAAGCUCUAUGAAGACGAGUCUCCCUCUCGAAUGAUCAUCCAGUACAUCCAUGACAACUACUUCCUGGUCAACCUGGUGGAUAACGACUUCCCUCUGGAGAACUGUCUGUGGCAGGUCAUUGACGACAUGUUCGAGCUGCUGGACGCUCCACCAGAGCCGCUCCACAGCGAGACGGUCUGAGUGAAACUAUAAAGCAAGCCUCUGUGGAAGCGCUUUGUGUUCUUCUGACAGCAGAACCGCCGUAGCCGCGUAUUUAAGAGUAGUGUAGAUGUUUUUCUAGGAUGAGUGGACGGAACAAUGUGGUAAAACUCUCCUGAAGCCUGUUUUAUAUUGUGUUUUUUAAGAAAAGUCGACUGGAACAAUGAUGUUUUUAGCUAAAUGCCUUCUAUUUUCAAAAGACAUUUGUCUGUGAAACCGUUUUUACCUUCAUAAAAGACUUUUUAGCUUCAGACUGGAGGUUUAGAAGCAUUAACAAAUGGCACAUUUUUAUAUUCUUUAGAGGAAAUCCUUUUAUAUUUAGUGUUUGAGGUUAAGUCCAUUUCAUAAAUAAGCUACGACUAAAGGGUUCAAACUGUCAAGGACAACAAUAAAACUGCCUCCAAACAACGUGGAUGUAUCUGCUCAGUUUGACUGUAGCUGUAGAAACGUUCAUCAAAGUAGAAACAAACGAUUCGUUCUACGACUGACUUGUUUCUUCACUGAGGGUCUCUCCAUCACAGAGCUCUACAAAUGACCCAAAGACCAGCAGGGGAAGGAAAAUCAGCCAAUGACAGACGUUACUUUUAUACUUCAUUAAAUAGAUGACAGAGAGCUGAAGAAGACUCCCCCCCCCCAUGUCUUCACUACGGAGACGGUCGGUGUUAAAAGGGAGCUUGAACUUGCAGCGGCAGUCCUGGUAACCAGAAGCUCCUGGGGUCGAAUCCCAUGUGGAGCCCAUGGUGGGUUUAUUUUUUUUUUUAUUUAUUUUUU